AUGGAGCGGCAGGGCGCGCCCCUCAGCGAGGCGGAGGCGGCGUUGGUGCUGACCGCGCUGCGCUACCUCCACGUCGAGUUGCGCGCGCUCCACCGCGACGUCAAGGCGGCCAACGUGCUCCUGACCGCCUCGGGCGCCGCCCGAGCGAACUCGUGCACGCCGCAUUGGAUGGCGCCGGAGGCGUUUGCGGCUGUUGACAUCUGGGGGGUUGGCAUCACUGCCAUCGAGCUGAUGUCGAUAAAACCCCCCUGGUCCUCCCUCUCCUCCGUCUUCGAAAUCAUCCUCGCCAUCGAAAAAAACCCCCCGCCCGAGGGGGAAGGCUCCCCCGUGCUGCGCGACUUCGGGAGGGGCGCGCUCGUCAAGGACGCCGUCGCGCGCCCCUCUGCCGAAGCGCGCCACCCAAACAUCGUCGGCUACUACGACUACUUCACGCGGCUACACGACGGCGAGGAGCUCCUCUGGAUCGGCGCGCCCCUCAGCGAGGCGGAGGCGGCGUUGGUGCUGACCGCGCUGCGCUACCUCCACGUCGAGUUGCGCGCGCUCCACCGCGACGUCAAGGCGGCCAACCUGAUGUCGAUGAAGCCGCCCUGGUCCUCCCUCUCCUCCGUCUUCGACAUCAUCCUCGCCAUCGUAAACAACCCGCCGCCCGAGGCGGAGGGCUCGCCCGUGCUGCGCGACUUCGUGAGGUGCGCGCUCGUCAAGGACGCCGUCGCGCGCCCCUCGGCCGACGUGUUGCUCAAGCACAAACUCGUCGCCGGCGCGCGCAGCGACGCGCUUGCGGCCGUCGUCAAGAAGGGGGCGCCCAAGAUUGGCGCGCUCUAG